GAGUUAAGCAUUUAUCCAGAUGUGGAAGGCUUGGACUUCAGGAGGCAGGGUCCGAAAGUCUUCAGCUAACACAUCACAUCAAACACACACUUGCACACACACAGACAGAUACAGCGAGCACGUCCUGCUUGGUUAAGAACAAGAAGAAACAAGGAAAGACAACGUGGCCUCUCACUGUGUACACGCUAGCAGCCAAUUUUUUUCUCAACCACAAAUCUCAAGUUUGGAGGAUGGCAUGAAAGAGACAUGGCUCCUUUGGGUGUCUCUGCUCCCUGGCUGAAGGCAGCAUUGUAUCUGCUGCUCCUUAUUUUGCCUGCUUGUGUGUGUGUGUGCCCGAGGUCUUGCAGUUGCCCCAACCCCAAAGAGGUACACUGUACCUUUCGCCAUCUCCCAUCUCUCCCACGCAACGUGCCCAAGGACACAGAGAGAUUCAAUCUGGGCUAUAAUAGCAUUGCAGCUGUGGGGACUUCGGAUUUUGGACAUCUGCGCCAGCUUGAGAUGCUUAUGCUACAUGGGAAUGAGAUCCACACUGUGGCUUCAGGAUCUUUUUACCAAUUACGUUCUCUCCAGAUAUUGAAGCUGAGCUACAACAAGCUAACAAGAAUAGAUCCCAGCAUGUUUGAGGGCCUGACAAGCCUGGUCCGCCUUCACCUAGACCACAACUUAAUACAUUUUAUUGAGCCUUUCUCCUUUAACGGUUUAACAUCACUGAAGUUGCUUCAGCUGGAGAGCAACAAGUUGCAGGACCUUCACCCACACUCAUUCACCACCCUCUCACUUCUGGGGACAUUCUGGGGCUCAGGCCUACGGCAUCUUUACCUAGCAGACAACCAGCUAGAGUACUUGCUGCCUGGUACUUUUCGGCACCUAAGCAAACUAGAAGUCCUCUCUCUGCAUAACAAUCCCUGGACUUGUGACUGUCAGCUCCACUGGCUUUUAGAAUGGGAAAAGAAACAUGAGGGAGUGAUUAAGUGCAAGAAGGACAGAGAUUCUGCCUCCAGUGAGACUUGUGCUGUUUGUGCCUCACCACAACCUCUCAACAACAGCCAGAUUUUCCAGCUUUCAGUGCAGAAACUGUCCUGUGACAGGCCUUCUCUACAGUCCCCACUGAAAGUGGGUGAGUAUAGUGCAUUGGAGGACCAGGAGCCAGACCUCCCUUACACAAAGGACUUGGAGCAUCCACUGGGCCACCUGGCCUUCACGUUGUCUGACAGCCAUGGGAACAGGGCCCAUGUGGCCUGUGAUGUAAAUCAUCCUGUUGAAGGAACCUCCAUGGUAUGGGAAAAGCUAAAGAGGUCAGACGAGGUGGCAGUUAAUGUGACCUUACUAACCCUGCUUGAGUGUGAGAUUGACAGGGAUGCUCUCCAGAACCUGUGGAGACUUGUUGCAUACUACUAUGAAAGUCCAGCUGUCUUGGAGCGAGGAGCAAGGCAUGAGAAUACUUCAAAGGUGACCUUCCAGUACUCCCAGGUCACAAGUGAGGACUCCCCUUACUUUACUGAACUCAAAGGACAUUUAAUGGCUGAACCAGCCUGGUUGUUGCAACCCAAGGUUACUAUUCAGUUGAACAGGCGCAAAACAACAACAAAAAAACUGGUAAUGAACUUCUCAACAUUUAUAUCAAAGGAGAUCAGUGGAAGAGGAGAACAAGAUGAUACAGUCACUUCAUGGGCUUUGAUUCCAAGAGGAACUUCAGAGAGGAUUCAAAUAGUGUUGGAGCACUCUGAGGCUAUUCUUAACUGUAAUAUACUGAGUUCGGGGCAACUGUUUGUUGAGUGGAUGCUUCCAGACCUAACUACUUUAGACAAAACCGAUUCCCAAAGAAUUACAUCAGACCAUAACAGACUAGUCAUCAAAAACACAAGCCUGACAGACACUGGGAUCUAUCACUGUUUUGUGCGUACUGAGACAGAAGUAGACAUGGUUUCAUAUAGGCUUAUGGUUAGGGAACGUCUCCUUAGUCCUAGCGACUUAAAUGGAAAGAAAAUGUCUGUGGAGAAUGGAGAAUCCCUCAGUCUUCCCUGUUCGGUUACUUCACCAAACCCAAUUGAAACAAGAUGGCUCCUACCAAAUCAUCAGUUUCUAAAGGCAUCAAAUGCAUUGGGACGAAUCUAUGUGUCACAAAAUAACACGCUGAUCAUAGAACAAGUGAAGAAUGAAGAUGCUGGGGAAUACAGUUGCUUAGCGGCUAACCUUCAUGGGGCAGACAUGUUGUCUCAUUUGGUAGUUGUAACAGGUGAAAAAGAGGAAGACCUCACAGAUGUUAAUGUGAUUAGGGGUGAAUCAGUGUAUGACAAGGAGGAUGCAGAGGGUUCAGGAUACCAAGAAAUCAAACAGUUGGCUGUUACUCAAACACCACACAGGGUACUUGGAAAAGAUAGGAGUAAAGGUGGACUUUAUCGACAGGGCUUUAGAGGAAAAAAGAUCAAUGAGAAAGGGAGGAAACCAAAUAAAUCUGUCAAACAGCUUGACCCAGGCCGUUGGGCAGAAAUGUUAGCAAAAGCCAAUGCUAAAGCCUCAACUAUGCAACCAGGAAAAAUUAUGACAACAGUGGCAGCUACAACGACAACCCCUACAACUAUAUCCACCACGAUUACAACCACUACGACUACAACCACUGCGACUACAACAACUACGACUACAACUGCUCCUGUCACUCACUCUUUUACUACCAGCGCUACUACUAGUAGUCUUAUAAAUGAUUUCACAUCUAAGCAGCUGGUACAGUCCCGUAAUAGAAAGCCUAUAGACCGCAGUUCACUGCAGAGAACCCAACAUCUGGAUCGAAAGUCUGAUGAUUCAAACAUUACAAAAAUGGCUUCAAUAAAUCUUUACCCAAACACAUUAUCUCCUAUUCACUCAAACUUGCAACCUGUGACACAAACUGAGAAACAGAUUGAAAGGCAAAUAUUAGAGGAGAAAAGAAGGGUAAAUAAUCACAUCCCCAACCCUAGAAGAAGACCACCAUACAGAAGAAGACCUCAAUCAAGAAGGUUACGUACACAGAGACCUACGCCCCCCCCACCAACCACAACAGAAGUACCAUUUACAACUUUAUUAACUACAAAAGCUCCAGAAUCUUUUAUCACCACAGACACUCGCCUUAAAACUCUGAAUACGAAACCAGGAAGAAAGCCACUCACAGGUUCAGAUAUUUCAAGUGCACCUGACCCUAAAAUCAAAGACACUUUACGGCUAAAAGAGAAGGCUCAAGGUAACAAAAAAUCUGCAUCUGCAAAAGAAGGAAAACUUACAGUUACAACUGCUGAGCCCCAGGUCAUGCUAGCACCAACACACGAUACGUUGCAUCACAAAAACUCUGAGGUUAUUAAGUGGAGUAAUGGCACAAAAAAUGAAGAAAGUGAUAAACAAAAGAUUACAAGUACAAUUUCUCCUACUAUUCAAAUCACUAACAUUAAACCUCCCAUACCUCAUAAAGAACCACUAACCACAGAGAAACCAGCCCUGUCAAAUAACAUUAAACACAGGGUGGAUAACUCAAUGAACAGACAUGAAAGUCCUGGUUUGCCUGUCCACCCCUGGUUAGUUCAGAGAAAUAAACAAAUCUCAGUUACACCAUGGCCUUAUACCACUUCUCCCUUAGGGACCUAUACCAACCGCAUCCCAGUCUGGCCCAGAGUUCAUGGAUCAAAGCACCACUCUUCACCUGACAGAUCCUUGCAUUUAUUGCGUACAAGCGGAAGGAAUACAGGGUUCACGAAUCGACCUGAAAUCACAGCACAAACAGCAAACCCCACACCUUACAUACCGUGGUCAGCAGUAACCCCCUUUCCCAAAUUUGUAGCACCACAUGAUAGCUCAUCCCAAAUAAGGGACUACUUCCUCUUCAACAGGCUUCGAAACAGAUACCGACAAUCCCAGCUUGAUGCCCACCGCUUAGCCCAGUCAGGAAAGCUAGUUACUCCCAAACCACGAAUUUACCAGCCCACCCCAAAACUACAUCCAUUUCCAAACGUUCCAAACAUCUACAAGCCUGUGACACCCCAUUCUAUUAUAGCAACUACUAGUAAUCCAUACACCACAGCCAGCAUACUAUAUGGUAGUCGCUGGCACUACAGUAACUUUGGACCAAAGAAACUAAGCACUGAUCUGCCCUUUCCAAACUUGAUGGGGAGUGGUGUGAAACCCAGAAUAAUGACACUUGACUCAGCUACUGUGUCUGCACUGGCAGAAACAAAUGUUCUUCUGCGCUGUCAGGCAUCAGGAGACCCCAAGCCUGUUAUUUCCUGGACAAAAGUCUCAACAGGUGCUACAAUUCAAGCCAGCACCAAACAUGGACAACGAUUUGAAGUUCUUCCAAACGGUUCCUUUAUUAUAAAGAAUGUACAACUGCAGGACAGAGGUCAGUACCUUUGUACUGCACAGAACAAAUUUGGCUCGGAUCGCAUGGUGGUCACUCUUACUGUACAGACAGAACCUCCAAAAAUAGAGGGCCCCAAAUACAGAGAUGUUUCUGUCUACUUGGGAAAACCAAUCAGCUUGGACUGCAUCGCAGCAGGCAAGCCUCUAGCUCAGGUGUCCUGGAUUCUUCCAGACAGAACCAUUGUGCGGGAGUCGAUGCCUCUUGAUAGACCUAUGUUACUUUUUCCUAAUGGAACACUCAGCAUUCACUCAGCAAACUUUUCCCUUAAGGGCAACUACAAGUGUAUCGCUAGUAAUGCAGCAGGUGCUGACACUCUGACCUAUCAGCUACAUGUUGCUGCAUUGCCACCAGCAAUUAAAGAAGAGUCCUUUGAGAGUAUACAUAUUAACACUGGAAAAAGUAUCUAUGUACACUGCACAGCUAAAGGAGAACCUGAGCCUCUUCUUAAGUGGGUUCUUCCUGAUGGUUCGCAACUGAAACCUACACAGUAUAUUGGGAGGCGUCUCUUCGUAUUCCCCAAUGGCACACUCUACAUCAAAAGUAUCAUUCCUGUGGAUGCUGGAAGAUAUGAAUGUUCAGCCACAAACAUGGUUGGGUUUGUUCAGAGAGUGGUAAAGCUGGAUAUCAAGCAAGAGUCACCAGGUCCUUGGAAAGGUCCAUCUCAGCAUCAUAGUGUUUCAGCCUUGUACGGCUCCACAGUGUUUCUACACUGUCCUGAGUCAGCUGACUACCACAGAGGUACGGUUUGGAGGCUGCCAUCUAGAACACUGUUGGAACAUCAUUACAGUCCUCACAGACACAUCAAUGCUUUCUCUAAUGGCACACUCAGGAUACUGCAACUGACUGAAAAAGAUCAAGGAAUUUACUUGUGCAUGUAUCAAAGGCCCAACGGAGAGGAUAUGGAACUGUUUGAACUUGAGGUCCUUAUGAAGCCACCUAAAAUAGAAAACAUGGGCAGUCAACAAAAGAGAGUUACAAAUGGAGAUAACUUCCUUGUGGAUUGUGUAGCUUCAGGUCUUCCAGAUCCUGAAGUGACUUGGAGUCUCCCCGAUGGCACAAUGAUAAACAAUGCUCUCCAAUCAGAUGACAGUGGAACCCGCAGUCGUCGCUAUAUCAUAUUUGACAAUGGAACACUCUUGUUGCCACAUAUGGGAAAAAGCGAUGAGGGUGAUUACACAUGCUACGCAAAGAACACACUUGGAGAGGAUGCAAUGAAAGUGAAUGUCCAAGUUGUCCAAAAUUCACCCCGAAUUUCCUCCAAAGACCAGGUGUCUCUCCAUUUUCCACUUGGCCAAUCAGCGCAGCUGAAGUGUGAUGCUACUGGUGAACCUCCACCUACUAUUAUCUGGAUUUCACCAAAGAAUGAAAUGAUCACUUUAUCUUCAGUCAAAUACCAGAUUCUCAAAGAUGGAACGCUGAUCAUUAAUAAGGUCACUUUGGCAGACCAGGGAAAGUACACUUGUGUCGCAAGGAACUCAGCUGGUGAUGACAUUAAGAACGUGAAGCUCCAAGUAGAGGUCAGCGAACCAUAUAUCAAUGGGAAAAGUGGACGAACUGACAGUAGAGUUUUGGGAGUGUCCUAUCAGACUGUGCUGAUGCACUGCAAAGCCGAGGGCAUGCCCGAACCCCAGAUAACAUGGAUGACAUCUUUUGGUAUGUCCCUGCCUACACCUUAUGUUGGAGGCAGAUUCCAAGUCCAUAAGAAUGGUACUCUUGAAUUGCGUGGCAUCCGGAAAACUGAUGAAGGUAAGUUUCUGUGUGUGGCCAGAAAUUACCUGGGGGAGGCCAGCCUAGCAAUUGACCUUGAAGUUGCAACACUUGCUGAAAAACCAAGCUUCCUUGUUCCAAAUAUCGAGGUGUUAUCCCUCAAACCUGAUGGAGAUGACAUCAUUUUACAGUGCCAGGCUAUGGGAAAACCAAAGCCAGAGUUUGUCUGGAUUCUUCCCAACAGCACAGUGCUGGUUCCAGGAAUGAAACUUAAAAGGUUUACUCACUCCUCGGAAAAUGGCAGUUUGCAUAUUAUUCAGCCAGUGCUCAAUGACAAAGGUGUUUAUCGUUGCCUGGCAAAAAAUGCUGCAGGACAAGCAGAAAAGCGUUAUGCUUUAGAACCUGGAAGGAAGCCUCAAAUCCGAGGUACAUCUACACCUAUGAAGAUUUCAUUUGGACAGACACUAAACAUGCCAUGCACAGUGGAAGGCUGGCCCCAAGCAACCAUCACAUGGACUCUUCCAAAUGGUAUGAUAUUGGACAGGCCUCAGGUUAUUGGACGAGUCACCUUUGUAUCAAAUGGAACCCUUCAGCUUAGAGAAGCUGCAAAAUCUGAUAGAGGUACUUACAUUUGCAAAGCCACUAACACAUUUGGAUCAUCAACACUGUCUUAUCCUGUGACUAUUAUGGUACUUCCGCCACAGAUAACAAAUGCACCUCCAUCUAUAAUAAGAGUUACAAAGGGCUCUCCAGUGACACUAAAAUGCAUUGCUACUGGAACUCCUAAACCAGAUAUUUCAUGGACUCUGCCUGGACGGACCACACUUGUGCCCAAUAAUCGCUUCACCACAUUGGGUGGGAUUUACAUGACAGAAGAUGGUAGUUUGGUCAUACAGGAUCCCAGUUUAAUGAACUCUGGAAUUUAUAAGUGUAAUGCCAAAAAUGCUUUGGGAAUGGACUUCAAAGCAACAUACCUUCAAGUGAACUGAACAUGUGAAGGAGAGAAACUAUGUGGUAAACUGAAGCAAAACAUUUUUAAGACAUGGACGCUAUAUUCUUGUAAACCAGUGUAAAUAGAAAGCUGCAUUUAAUGUUCAUGGAAAAAAUCCAGCAAUUCAGAAAUGGGAAAUAUUUCUUUCUUCUUCACAAGACUAACAAGUAUUGUUGCAGCCUUGUGUUGGGAAAUAACACAUUAAUGUUCAGGAGAACCCAUGGCAUUAUUUUUUAAAUGUUUUUGUACUUAAUUUAUAGAAAUAUUGGUUUGUAAAUAAAAUUAUACAUCCACCUCUUAGAUUCUUAUACAUCAAAGUUUUGGAAAUUAAAAAACAAUCAUAAAUGUAUAUUUUUAUAUGCCGCAAUAGAUUUCAUUUGAAUCUUUUAUACUGCUUGUAUGCAUUGUAAAUGUAUGUCUAACAAACAGUCCCAGGAUGUAAACCAUCUACAACAACACGGCCUUUCACUAUUGGAGUAGAAAGGGAGCCUUGUAAGCACAAACAUUAGCAUUGUUCUAACAGUUUUACCAACAAUGACUGACAUACAAGCAGCCGAUUCUGUAACAGAAUUACUGGUACUGUCAAAAAGAAAAGUUUUUGGACGGGCACGUUUUUGAGAAACCAUAAAGUAAUAAAUUGAGUGUA